AUGGUUCCAUCCUCGGUACCACAUGAUCGCCUGGUGCAACCCUCGAGGAGCUCCAGCAUUGGUGAGGUGGCCCAGAGAAGACAACCUAGUCAACCACUGGUAGAAAAAUUUGUGCAGACUGAAACAGAAAAAAGAAAACAUAUUCCCCUAGUGCAAUCAUCUGACCCCAAAAGUACUCUUAGUAAUGAUAAAAUCCCUGGAAGCAAAUUUAAAAUUGAGACUAAUAAACUGUCUUCUCAAAUUAAAAAAAAUGGACAAAGAAAGAUUGGACAGAAAAAGGUUGAUGCAUCUCAGCAGACAAACAACAUGGAAAAAGAAAAAGAAGUCGAGUCAGUUGGUGAGACAUUGGUACCUGAAGAAAAGCCAGUUACUGUUGGGAAAGCUCAAGAAUUUCCAGAGAGUGUUCAUGAAGUAGAAAAGAAACAGACAGUUCAACUCAAAAGAGAUAGGUCUCAGCAGACUAGUUGCACUGUGUUCUUGGUAAUAAUAUACAAUCCUCAGUUAGAAAAACUAGAUAAGAGACAGCAAACAUUUUUCACUGAGUCAGAACUUGAGAUUAUUGGCAGACCAUAUUAUCUUUCAAGGUCAAAGGAAGAUAUACAGAAGUCUUCAGGUACAUAUUUCAUUAGUGAAAAUCCUCAAUUUUAA